AUGAGCAAGAAAGAAAAGAUAGCGGAUGAAGAUUUGGGCAAGAUAGAAAAAUAUUUGACUCCGCCAGUUUCCACGUGCACUGAAUGUAAUGAAGCACUGUCCAUGCGAAACAAUCCAUCGACAGCUGUUUUGUUUACACUGAAUGGUCCAGUUCCCUGUUCAAAGAUAUCUCUGGAUUGUAGAGAUUGCGUUAUACACUUUGGGGUCUGCAAGUUCACAGACAAGCAUGGAUCUCGGUUUUAUUCCUCAACGGAAUUCAAUGUUAACAUUAUCAAAGUCAGCAACGUGACAUAUAUUCACCAGGACUUAUAUAAGUGGAUGCCAUCCUUAAUGUAGGUUCAAAGUAAACUCCCAAGUAUUUUUACUGCUACAUCCCCCAUUGCAAAAUAACCAUCAAACGAGUGUGAAUAUCACACAGGCUUUUCCUUGCUUUUUGCACGUUGAACUUGAAUACCCUAUUGUAGUAUUGAUGAUCACAUUGGUCAUAUAAAACAGCCAGUUAAUGUUUUACUUGUACUGAGAUUUAACAUUAUUUAACAGGAACGUUUAUGGUGUUAAGUUUUUUUUGGUGUUUUUCAAUAUUUUAGUAAUCACUGUUGGGUGUCAUUCAGUGGCUUUGCUGAAGCAUACAAUGAGAUUUAUGAGGAUGAGAUCAAAGUAUAUGCCUCAUUAACAAAGAGUUAGUAUUUUCAACUUUCACAUGUUACAAUAUUCAUUGCUUGCUGACUCAAAUUCGGUAUUGGACAGCAUGCAAAAUAUACCAAGAUCAAAGGCAUACAGACAAUGUGGUGUACUGUUUACUGUAUAUUCAGAAGCUACCAUGGAAUUGUUUUCAAGCAUUUCCUUUGGACGAGUCAGGCUCUUUUUACUGCGGAGGGUCUAAACUGCAGGUUGCAGGUUAAUGCAGGUUGCAGGUCGGUGCAGGUUGGUCUAAACUGCAGGUUGCAGGUCAGUGCAGGUCAGUGCAGGUUAAUGCAGGUCAGUGCAAGUUAAUGCAGGUUAAUGCAGGCCAGUGCAGGUUAAUGCAGGCCGGGUAAUGGUUCAUGUACUUUAGCCUGUGUUGCCCAGUUGGUUUGACAAUAAUUGUUUUCCUAAUUUCCUUCAAUUUCUUUCUGUAUUAUUUACUAUAAUGGAACUCAUGUUAUUUACACUGUGCUAGCUAGAUCAAUGCUGACAGAAAACAAUUAAAGCAAGUCUUUCAGUUCAGUUUUGAACCGAGAUUUUCUGAAGUUCACAAGUCUCUCUUUCUCACUCCGGCUCCGCCCCUCCGUACUACGUCAUGUAAUGUACACUAUAGUGGAUCGAUAUGACAAUGAAAGAGAGACCUGGAGCAAGUCUGAUGAUACACUAUGUCUUGGAAAAGUCUCCGAAAGAAACUUUUAUGAAACAAGUUUCAUUCCUAUCAUAAAAAACUUAAACCUUUUGUUUUAUUUUGAAUGACUGGGAAGAUUUUUCACUUUUUGAGCAUGAAUCUCCUUGGAGUCCACAUUCUUGCAGUUUUUCCACCUAAAAAAAUGUUUCAGAAACUUUGUUUAGGAAACUUUCCCUAGUGUAUCAAGGCCUUAAGGUAUAUUCAAUGUUUAAAAAAUUGUGGCCUGUUUGUAGAUUGCUUUAUUAUCGUCGGUUAUCGUCGAUACCGGGAUGCUAUUUUCUUACUUUGAACAUGAUUUUUUGGCCCCAUGUAAUGACGUUAAGCCAGUUGUCAAACCGACUGGGCAACACAGGAUAAAGUACAUGACCAUUACCCGGCCUGCACUAACCUGCACUGACCUGCAUUAACCUGCACUGACCUGCAACCUGCAGUUUAGACCAACCUGCACUGACCUGCAUUAACCUGCAACCUGCAGUUUAGACCCUCCACUUUUUACUGUACUUAUUAUUCUGUGUUGUCAUUGUGUAAUGCAUCAGUCAAAUCCAAGCGUGCCUACCCCCCCUCCCUCCCCGGGACAUUUUCCUGUAAAGCAGGUCCUGGGGGUUGGGCAUUUGAACUCAAACCUUUACCCGGGGGUGGGUCAUUUGAAAUUAAGGAUUUGGAGGUUUUACAAUCACCAAUAACUUGAUAAUAAUAUAAAACAGUUUCAGAACAUUUAAUAAAAUAUAAACCAGUCAAGUUGUAGUUUAAAAACGCAUAAAUUUGAACCACACAGCAAACUUUAAAAAUAAACAUGCUAGAGCAUGACAUGAUGACGACAGCAAAACAUGCUAGAGUAUGACGUACAGUACUUGAUAUAUUAACAGAGGGUAUUCACUCGAAACAUCGAAUAAAGUUUUCUCUUUAUUUCAGGUAGUUGGAUAACCUACUCUUCUUAGGGUUAUGUUUUCAUGUUACACAAUCACGAAACCUAAUACAAUCCCUAUCCCUAACCUACAAACCAAUCAAUCAAUUGUGAUUGCGUGACAUGAAAAUGUAACCCUUCUUGGUCCCCCAGGUUGGGGGAUUUGCCACUGAUUUUUUUCUCUGCUGCAGGGCAUUUCCACAUACUUAGGUACAUUAAUGCAUGGGUCAAGUUUCAGCCAAGGUCGGAAUAUGGGUAUACGAAGUUGGGCGCGAUUUUUGAAAAGAAAACAAGGUUAGGUUUAACCUGUCAUGGUUUAAUGUUAUCGAUUUUGACCUGGCGAAUUUUUUACCGAUUUUUAUUUUAUUAUUCAUUCUUCACAUGAGCAGUUAUAUAGCCUUAAACGUCAAUAAACGCAGGUUAAAUGGAAACCCAUUGUGCGGACUCAUAAAAUGUGUUUCCCCAAUUGCCAUUUUGGUUUAAUGUUGUACAUAGCAUCUUGUACUAAACGAAUCUAACUUGCUUUGUUGUCUAGAUGGCUAAAGAAAGUAAAUAUUUUGCGUUUUAUGUCAAUUUAUUCCGUAACUGUGCGUAUUUAUUUAAAUAUAUUUUGAAUAUUCGUGUUAAUGUAGGUAUAUCAAGUUAUGACUAUCAAGUUUGUGUUGUGCUUUAUCUAUUUAGCAUAAAAUUAUCGUUGCUUAUGUAUUGUAACCUUGUCCGCAAACGGGCGAAAGUCAUAGUUGGUAUCAAAUAUAGAAAGAAAGCUAUCGCCAUUAAGCCGUAUUAUUUACGACCAGCGGGAGUCCGCAUUGUCGAUUAUAAUUAGUUGCGCAAGACUGCAAGUCCAUACAAGUGCGAUGAAUACCCAUGAUUUCAUGUUUAUAUUGUACACAAACAUCGUCUUGAUUAUUUCUUAUCAAUAAAAUAUGAAACUACAACUUUAUAAUAUGAAAUACAACAUGAAAUUGUUGCAUUUGUAUUGACCUGCGUCUUGCGCAACUAAUUAUAAUCGACAAUGUGGACUCCUGCUGGUCGUAAAUAAUGCGGCUUAAUGGCGAUAGCUUUCUUUCUAUAUUUGAUACAAACUAUGACUUUCGCCCGUUUUGCGGACAAGGUUACAAUACAUAAGCAACGAUAAUUUCAUGCUAAAUAGAUAAAGCACAACACAAACUUGAUAGUCACAACUUGCUAGACCUACAUUAACACGAAUAUUCAAUUAUAUUUAAAUAAAUACGCACAGUUACGGAAUAAAUUGACAUAAAACGCAAAAUGUUUACUUUGUUUAGCCAUCUAGACAACAAAGCAAGUUAGAUUCGUUUAGUACAAGAUGCUAUGUACAACAUUAAACCAAAAUGGCAAUUGGGGAAAGCGAUUUUAUGAGUCCGCACAAUGGGUUUCCAUUUAACCUGUGUUUAUUGACGUUUAAGGCUAUAUAACUGCUCAUGUGAAGAACGAAUAAUAAAAUAAAAAUCAGUAAAAAAUUCACCAGGUCAAAAUCUAUAACAUUAAACCAUGACAAGUUAAACCUAACCUUGUUUUCUUUUUAAAAAUCGUGCCCAACUUGGUAUACCCAUAUUUCGACCUUGGCUGAAACUCGACCCAUGCAUUAAUCUACCUGAGUACUUUUAUUUCUUGUCAAUAUAGGUUUACUAGUGGAUGAACAAAGCAGUGCUGAUGACACUAAAGGUAAAUUGAAUAACAUAUGUAGUCUUUAUAUUUAUCAAACUUCUUGAAACAAUAUUAAAUUUAGCCAUAAAUGAGAUGAACACCAUGCAUAGUGUGAAAUUCUGCUUUUAAGUCUUCUCACUGGAAAUUAUGUGCUACAGUGUACAGUAUUUUCCACUUUGCCUACUUGUCAGUUUGUAAUAUGAAUAUAUGAUUGCACAUAAGGUUAACAAGUCUGGUCCUAAUUAACCCAUUAAGUCGCAGUAUAUUGCAAUGAUAUUUAAAUGUUUAAUGCAUUGGCUGUUUGUAUGUCAGAUAAUGACUACAGAUAUUUUCAGUGUUUCACUUAUUUUGUUAUUUAAUUUAAUUUAAAAUAAAGUUGACUGUCUCAGGAAAAUACAAAUGAUAAUGAAUCAAAUUAUGCAGUGGCCUAUGAUCUUUGAAAAAAGUAAAACAACUGAGAUUGAUAUUGGCAUAUGUGAUUCAGCUUUGCUUCAGUGAUCAAAUAACAUUGACCACAGUAUAAAUUAUUCUUGAUAUGCCCAGCAGUAUUAUUACAUCUCUGUGAUGGUACAUAUUGUUAACUUGUUAUUUUCAUAUAGUUCUAGAUUAAAUUUUUAAUAUACUGCAAAUGACAAUUCCACCAUUUUAGUGUUUUGUAGUAACAUUGAGUCGUCAUGCUAUCUAGGUAUUCUACCAGGAGAGAUGUUGGCAAAAGCAAUUGCUAGAUGCUUUUGGAACCGAGAGACAGAGUUAGAACUUUUGUCACUUGGUCUGCGUGAACAGUGGAUUUUCACAGCAAAGCGAAAUGGUGCCUUCACAGGAACAAUCGAUGAUGUGAUGGAGUUCAUUGACAGGAAACGUUGUGAUGAAUUUUAUAUUCACAAUUGUUCAUCACAUUGUCAAGAAAAAGGUAAAGUAGUGGAAGAGCUUUGUUUUCCCAACAACACAUUUAACCCUUUAAGUGGCAAUGCACCCAGAUACGCCCUAAGUACUUUAUUAUUUUACUCCAUCUAAGGCCUGAAUUGUCAGGGCGAGAGUGCUGCCACUCAAUUGAUUAAUCAGACUAUCUGCCCUUGCUCCCUGUUAACCCAUUUACGUUUUUUUUCAGGGAUUUUUUAGGCUCAUAAAACGCUAUGAAUUCAAACUCUACUGUUGUGGCUUGAAUUCAUCUCACAACACAAGAAAAACUAUGCAUUCUCCAUCUUGGUGUCAGCCUCCCCCUGGGAGGGGGGGGGGGAGGCAGCAGCCCCAGAGCCACAACUGUUCAGCUAAACUCAAUCUUCUCUGCAUUACUGUAUUAUAACACAAUGUUAAUUUUUUUUGUGUCCUGUCUAGGUUGUGGCCAGCUUUAUGUUGCUGAUGGUAACUGGAAGCUCAGAUAUUCACACUGCAUGUGGAAAGUGCCUAUUCAAAUUGAAGGUUUUGGGAAGGUAAACUAUCCGAGUGUUUGUCCACUUUCCCCUAAAAGUGGUCAUGCCUUUUGUGAAAUGCACUGUGAGAAAGCGGAGGCCCUUGGAUAUCCCUCAAAGACCAAAGAAUUCUUUAAAGCUUGUGGAGUAACAGAUACAACUAUUGAAGAUGGUUAGUUAUUAACUUAGUUAUGUUUAUAUACCUGCUAUGUCCAUCAGGGCUUGAAAUAACAGCCGAUCAAUGAUUGGCAAGAAUUGCUUAUAAUUGGCGGGAAAACAGGGUUUCCAAACUGAAAAACAGGGAAAGUCAUGACUGACAAUCACCAUGAUCGGGAACAUUGGGAACAUUAUUUCAAGCACUGGUCCAUAUUUUGCAGACUUAAAGCAGCAUAGUGUAUUGGAAUUUGUAAUAUUAACUUGAGUUUUCUCUUUUUAGCAUUGCUUGACAUGUCAUCAAGACCAUUGCUAUCAGGUCAGAUCUUUAAUAAUCUUAAUGUUGGUGUUUGCACUCAUUCAUUCAGUGGGAUUGAAACCCUCAACCCUGGGUUACGUUGCAGAGAACUAAGCCAUGGAUUUGUAUCUUAA